AUGGUAAGUGAACGUUUUACAAAGGAUAGGUAUGGAUCAUCACAGUUUGAAGCUGGAGGAUACAAAUGGAAACUGGUGUUGUACCCAAAUGGAAAUAAGAGGAGGAAUGUGGGAAACCAUAUCUCUCUCUACUUGGUCAUAGCCGACAGAUUCUCUUCCAACUGGUUGGGAGAUGCUUUUACAAAGCAAAAGUGCUUCAACGGUGCUGUGCUUGAUGCAGCUGGUUUUGAUCAACUUAUCCACAUAAAAGAUUUUUCUGAUGCCUCCAAUAGAUAUAUUGUUGAUGAUACAUGUGUGUAUGGAGCUGAGAUUAAUGUUGCUGUCACUGAUGCGGCUGGUUUUGAUGACCUCAUCCCAACUAAAGAUUUUACUGAUGCCUCCAAUGGAUAUCUUGUUGGUGACACUUGCGUGUAUGGAGCGGAUGUAUUCGUUUGUAAAGAAAGGAGAACAGCCCGAACAGGGAUCGGAAAGGAGUGUGUUAGAAAGAGUAGUAAUGCCUUUGUUGACAAGCAUGUUUGGAAGCUUGAUAACUUCAUUCGGCUCGCUAAUAGACUGUUUAUUCUACUUCUAGGUACUAAGAUCUUUGGUGCCUUGAAAAAGAGUUGGGGUACCGGUUUCCAUAAAUUCAUCGCGCUGAAUAUGUUUAGUCAAGCAGACAAGGGUUAUUUCAAGAAUGAUACUUGCGUAGUGGAGGCAGAGGUCACUGUCCGUGGAACUACUGGAGUUCCGGUGUAA